AUGGCCCUUAGAGACGAGAAUGGAGAUUCGCUGGGAAGCUGUGACGUCAGCCCGGAGAAUAUGGUGUUGGACUUUGUUGCCGCUUCGGCCGCGUUUUUGAAGGAGUUGGCAAAGGAGCCUGAUCAGCGCAAGAAAGACUUGGCCGAAGUUGACGAAGGUGUUCACAUCGAUGACCGCGACUCUGUUCUGGGCUCACAGACGCAGGAUACUGCUGCUGACCUCCCUGAGCCGGAUAAUGGACUCCAGACUCCGUCAUGGGAGACAUUCAGGAAGUCCAGCAUCCCGCCGUGUGUCAAAGACGUCAGCUUCACUGUAAGCGAAGAAGAUCUGACAACAGAGUUGCGCCAACGGUUACAAGACGACUACCCCGGCGUCACUAUAGUAAUACCCAAAACCAAAGCCGAAGAGGACAGAGCUCGUGAGGCUCAUGCGACAGAGAAGCCCAGAGGAGUCAAGCAAAUGAUCAUCGAGGUUGAAGAGACUGAAAUUAGCGAGAAUCCUGAGCUGGAAGGCAGUCUCCGAAAGACAUACCCGUGGGCGCUGAUGGAAUUGAAGUCCGGCCCAAAUAUAUCCAGAAAGCGCGCAAGGCGGAUGACGGAUAGCGACGCCGCAACGCCAUCUAGACCAGACCCGGUCAAGCACAUCGAAGACUUUGCCGCAUACGUCUUGGACCCGCCCUCCGAUGAUGAAUUCGGUUAUCACUAUCCAGUAGGCGAUUGGGAUCGUCUGACUUAUGCGCGGAAAUUUGAAAUCGCUCAUGCGCGAGCGAUUCAACAUUACCAUGGCAAGGCGGCUGACGGUGGAGGAUGCAGUCAGUGUGCGGAAUAUGGCCAUCAGUGCAGAGUCUACUUGCCGCAGCUUGGGAACCUAGCCCACAUAGAUUUCGGUCACACUUGCCAAAACUGCCGGCUCAGGCAUCAACAUUGCGACCUUCCCGCCGCCGUAAAACCCCCUCCGAGCACACCAACAGGUCCAGCGGCACUCAGGCUCGAUACACGGAACAUCCAUCACCGAGAUGAAACGUUAUAUACGCCACCAUUGAUGAACGCCACACCAGGAUCGCUAGUAUCGAGAAUGACGGCGGCCAAUGGAAGGCGGUUCAACGAUGAAGAGAAUAACGGUCAUACUCCAAUAAGCGGGGAUCCUGGCCUGGAUAUGAUGGAAUUCGCUGAGCAGAUCAAUCUCUUUCAAGAUUACAGUAACCCCAAGGUCAAAUCCGUCAUCUUUGCGAUGUACAGCCUCUUGGAUAAACACGGCAGGGUCGAGCCGUUUGGCAAACACCGCUUGACUCUCGACCAAUACUACCAGAACCUCUUCACUCUUUACAUAGUCACGUAUCUGCGUAAGGAGUACCACUCGGCUUAUACUGUUUUGCUUCGCUUCCAGAACACGAACUACCACGAGACCGGAGAGCUGCCUAGCAUAGAAAACGUCGUCCGCGCUUUUGAGUACCUCCCAACGCAUGCCCCACUUUGUCGCUGGAUAGUGAUACUAUACAGUUUCCUCUGGGGAACGCAGCACUAUGGCAGUUGGGACAUGUUCAUGAACACGCACCCAAGUGUCAAGUCAAGGGUCCGCGCAGUCGCAAAACUUCUCUUCGGGAUUUGCUACGUUCGCGAUCCAUUUACUACGGGAGGCGAUGGGGCAGUACGGCAGCAGUGGUGUGAGGUCCACAACCAUUCUACGGGGACCCGUGAACAGGAAGAAGCUUGCGAAAACAUGAAGAGAGAGGAAAGAUACUCGACACGUAUCGGUGAGAAGAGAAGGAGUGAUGGAUCACCAGUGCCGAGGCCUUACAAGGCUGCUAGAGGAGGACGGGGCAGAGGGAGAGGGCGUGGCCCAAGUAGGUGA